UAAGCGAUAUCCCUCACCCGCAAACUUUACCUCCACUGGUUGAAAUACAACAACAAUUAGAGAUUUCAAACGAGCCUCAGGCUCGCCACGAACCUUCGGAUUUACAGAAUUUGGAAAGUAUCCAUGUAGCCCUUCAGCGUUUAAGAGAAGCUCCGUCCAGUCCUCCAGUCCCGGGAUAUCUUACGUCCUCCCUCUCAACCCCGCGUCGUUUGUCCGUCUAAUGUACCAUUACCUUGGCCGACCCAGGUUUUUGCUGGUUGUCAACAUCCUUCCUUCCCAUUUUGUUUGUAAGAAGUACAUUUAUUUGGUAAAAAGCAAUGCUAUACUGUUUCUUUUCAAAGAUCUCCUGCCUUUGCCGCGUAAAAACACCUGCAGAUAUCGACAAACGAGCAAAUCUAUAAAGUGGAAAUGCUGCUUCUUCUGUGCUCCUGGAUUAUUGCGGGGAUCGUGGCGGAGGACUCGUCAGUGACAUAUUAUCAACUGAGAAACAGCUCAGUGUGUCUGCGUCCUAGAAAACCACCACCGUAUACUAGUGUGGUAUGGAAGAUUGGAGGAAAAGUGGUUGUUUCUGGUACAGGAGUCAAUCCCAUCUUUGCAGGGAAAGUGUUUGCUCCUGGAAACCACUCUCUGUGUAUUAAUGAACUGACGGACACAGGUGCUGCCAUCUAUGAAUUAUCUUUAGUUGACCCAGACUUUAAUGCAGUAACAGAGAGACACCAAGUCAUUGUUGAAGAACCUGUUCCUGAACCAGAGGUGAUGAUAACAGUCCUUCACUCCAACCUGUCUGCUGGACUGUGGAGUACCAAAGUGAACUGCUCCAUCCAGGAUGACUGGCUGUGGUCCCUGUGUGAUGGAGAGAGCUGCAGAGAUGCUCAGAAAUCAUUCAGCAAGGUCAACAUCAGCAUCUCUACCGACAACUCCACCGUUUUCUGCAGCGGCGAGAACCACGUCAGCAAAAAUAAUGCGUCUAAAAGCAUACAGAUCUGUUUCUAUCAGUCUAUCCUUGAGCAUAAAGCUCAGACACAUGUGUUACCAGUGGUAAUAAGACUUGUUGCAGUGUGUUUAUGUCUGUGUAUGUACUGCCUGUGUGGUUAAGAAGCUCCAUUCACCAGCAUGCAACCGCCAACAAUCUGAACCCUCCUACGAGAACGUAGCAGAGUCGUCAUAGAGCUCCACGAAAUAAGCAGCCCAAGACAACAGAGGCUGGAUCCAAGGCGCUGAAUGUGAAGAGGUUGGCGAGAGCGACAGCAGUAAAGACGCAGGCACAACAGCUUAUGAUGGUUGACAGAGUGUAGACUGAAACAUGUACAGGAACAGAUACAUGGAUGGAUGGAUCAUAGAUCGAAGUAUAGAUGAAUGGAUGAAAGACUUUGGACGAUGAUUAUGAUGAUAAUGGAUGGAUGUAUAAUUGCAUAUAUUUCCUGAAAUAUGCUAUUUCCCCUUCUCUUUCUCGUGUAAAAUGUCAUUUCUAAUGCUUAAAACCUGUAACCAUGGACUCAGCUUCACCAUUAUGUAGUUACCAACCACUGUAAAAUAUCAUGUAUGUGAACAACAAUACAUUUACAACAACAGUAUUGAUUAAA